AUGUGUGUUACCAACAUCUACACUUACGACUACCCUGAUGGUCGUCGUGAGCAAUACUCUCAACCAACUCUCUGCGCCAACUCUCGCCAUGGUCAAGUCUGUGCCGACAACUACCGCUUCGACCAUCCUGCCUCAUUCGUUGGUUCUUACGAUUCUUCAUCCUACUAUCCUCCUACUCCCCAGUACAGCCCUGCUCCUUCAACACCCCGCUCGGGAGAUGAAUCAGACCGUUCCUACACCAGCUCUUCAAGCAAGAAGGAUAGACCAUCGGGAGUCUACGUCAAUGGCCAAAAGGUCCUUGAGUUGAACCGCAAGCGUCGCAACUCUCGACACCAGGAGCGCAUUGUCAUGGUUGACAGCCCUCGCACUCCUCCCCAACAAUGGUCCGCUCCUGCUUCUCCCAAUGCCAACACCUACAUGGUCGACUCAUCACGCGGCCCUGUCAUCGUUGACGAGCGAACUCGUCAACCUGAGCGCCGAGUCAAGAUCGAAGUCGUCGACGACAGCCGACACCACAAGUCCAAGCACCACCGUCACCACUCCAGCAGCUCCAAGGACAGCCGCCACUCCAACGAAGACGACGAGCUCAAGCGCCUUCGCCGAGAAGAGCGACGCGCACAAGACAAGGAGGAGCAGAUCCGUCUUCGCAUUGCUGAAGCCAAUGCCAAGAUCGCCAGCCGUCCUGUUGCCCUUGCCCCAGCUCCUCCCAAGCGUUCAGCUACAUACAAGCGUCCCUCCGUUGAGAUCCCCGUUGAUUCAAUGCGUCGCUUGAGCUUUGAAGAAGAGCGCCGUGACGAUAAGGCCCGUCGCCUAGCUCGUCGCGAGGAGAAGAAGGAGGAAGAGGAGAUGCGCGAGCGUCUCCGUGAGCGUCUUCAGUCUAAGCAACCCACGCGGCGACUGACAGUUUCUGGAGGCAGAAGGCCAGAUGUUUUCGACUACCGCUACGAGUGA